GCCAUCGUGAUUGCUACAUCGCUUGUCGUUGGCGCAACUUUCAUUGCGAAAAAGCUUACUCAAAUGGCACACUCACUUAAAACAACGGCUGUCGAUUUUCCCUUGGGGGAGAGUCCUGUAGCCACAGUCGGAUGGGGCUACUACUAUGCUGGAUCAUCAGAGCAGCAGCUUGGUCUGGACCCACGUCUUGUUCUCCAAAACAGAAGGAAUCAACAGGUGAUGACCUACCGUCGACGGUGUGCUGUCGAAGAUGCAAAUGCAGACUUCCUCGACAAGUAUACCAAUAUUCAUAAAAAGCCCAGAAAAACCCGCGUAAGGUUCUCGAAUACGCCUCAAUAUCACGAGUUUUUCCAUCCCGAGGAAGAAAACCGCUUACUAGCAUGGAUUGAUGAUCUCCCUGAGGUGGAUGUGGAGCGUAAGGCGAUAAACGAAAGCGUUCUUCUACCAGAGACGCCUAGGGGUAUGAAGACUUCGCUUGGGGUGCAGAUCAAGAUGUUGAAGAGACCGUCUGAUGGUCACCAUCCCGCUGGCUCUAAGAGAAUGUCCGGGUGA